UUACUGACUCUUAAACUUCCAACAUAUCUAACAUUGCUUGGAGUCCGCAAUAAAUUUUGGUCUGUUUCCAGUCACCAAUAAGCACUAUGGGCAUUUUAGUGCCGCAGUGUGUCAUGCUUUACGGUAUGUGCAAUAGGAAACGCGCGCCUUGCCUUGUCUUUGCGUCUCCGUUCGAACACACUGAUCAUGAUAUGGCAAUGACUAAGAAAGCUACAAGUAAAUGAAGCACCUAAUUUUAUGGAACCAGCAACUAUAUAUCCCACCAGCCACUAGGCAAUCUUAUUUCUCAACGAAAUUUUUCUGAUUUGCAUACAACACACUUGAUAUACACACAGUGUUGAUCUGCGAUCCAGAGGAUUCACCAUUUUCAGAAAUGGCAAGGUUGAUCGUGCUGGUUUUGAUUGCAACAGUGGGAGCCAUUAUUUCGGCUUCGAGGCCAGCAGCUGUUGCUGCAGUUUCUUGCAUGUCUGUUAAUGAUAAUCUGGUGCCUUGCUUGCCAUACGUAACCGACGAAGUCAGUGAACCAAGCAGUGGUUGCUGUGAAGGUGUACAAAGGGUUCUUGAUUAUGCACCGUCCAAACCAGACCUUGUAGCAGUCUGCAACUGCAUCAAAGCAGAUUUGCCAGAAAUGGGAAAGGUUGACACCCCUCGCAUUGCUGGGCUCCCAACAGCUUGUGGAAUCAGCAGAAACUUUCCUCCUAUUGAUUCCAACUACGAUUGCUCCAUGGCUUCUGAGUUCUGAUUGACUGCACCGGAGCUGCUCUGCUGAAGGACAACUUCUGUGAUGGCUUACUCGUUACCAGUUAAAUAAAGUUACUUUUCACUUGUGCCCGUUUAUCUAGAAUUUUUGUGGGAACUACUUGGAAAGGCAAAGAGGCAGUAGGUAGCUUAAUCAAGCUACCAAAGACAAAUGUACUUUCAUUAUAAAUGAAAGAUAGUUGUUCUAAUCAUGCUUAAUUUCUCAUGACAGUUAAUCAUGGUAUCUCAAAUUGAUAA